GGAGCGGAUAGACUCACCGGUAGUCAACCUAACGAAGCAGAUCAUCAUGGGGGGUAGCUAGAGGUUCCUGUAACACCCAACUUCCACACUCCUUUCUCGCCUUACAAAACUGGCCAAUUUGCUGAUUGUUUCCCGAAGCACUCGCACUUGUCUCGCCUCAUACUUCAUACUCGUCACUUCACAUCUCUCACACUCACACCACAUAGCUCAUAACAUGGGUCAACACAAAGUUUACACUCUCUCGCAGGUUGCCCAACACAAAUCCAGCAAAGAUUGUUGGGUGGUGGUGUAUGGCAGAGUGCUGAACGUGACCAAGUUCUUGGAGGAACACCCAGGAGGAGAAGAGGUUCUGCUAGAAGUGGCAGGUAAGGAUGCAUCCAAGGAGUUUGAUACUAUUGGGCACAGCCAGGGAGCUAAAAAUAUGCUCUCCAAGUUCCAAGUCGGGGUACUGCAAGGUCACGCAGUUCAAGAACCAGACGGGAAGGACGAUGCCACCAACGAACCCGCCAAGAAAGAGAUGAGUGCCUUUGUCAUCAAAGACGAUUCCACCUCCAAAUUCAAGGCCCUCUUUGAGUUCUUCGUUCCUUUAAUGGCUGCUUCUCUCUAUUUUGGCUACAGAUACGUUACCAGAUCUGACCAGAUUGCUUCCUGAGUCAUCUCAUUCUCCAGAGUUCGCAGUUCGAAGUCAAGUGCGUUUAAUAAGGGUUCAAUUCUAAAAUCUUGUGGUUCCUAGUGAUCAACUUCAUGGUUACGUAACACCUGUGUUGUUUUCUCUAUAUAUUGUUUUUCCGAUUAAAUCUCUCCCUUUAUAACACACUAUAAGCUUGGGAAGGCAAA